AUGCUGCCAGCCGCAUACCCCGAUCCCACUGAUGUGCCCUUUUCCGGCCUCGUGGAAGACUUGAAGUUCAACGAGGACCUCAAAGUAGUGGAGGAGCAGACGCGAAAGAUGCUCAAGGCCGUGGAUCCCAACAAGAAUUUCCUGCCCGGCCAGCCACGUAUAUGCCUAGACGACGGCCCCAAGGACGGCAAGGACCCGCUUCUGUUGUACCUUGAUGAAUCACACAAAACCGACAAGCUUGAUGAACUACUCCCUUACAUGCGAUUCAUUUUUGUGCAGACACCUUCCCACGAGCACAUCAUGCCGCUGCAUCACCAGGCAGCACAUGCACGCGACGUGAAGGUGACGGAGAACCCUGGCCUGCAUCUCGUCUGGUACCACGAGAUUAUUUACGUCAAACCCAUCCCGGCCUACUUCUACUCGCCAGCGUUCUGGGAGUACCUGGAGAACACCGGCGAGAAAGACAAGACACUGUACAAGGCCUGUGUUGGAUUCAUGCGGAGCUACUACAUGCUCAUCAAAUACGAGAUCGACUUCAAGGAGGCCUGCAAGCUGGGUUUGAUACCGAGGAAGGGCAAGGGCAAGGGCAGGCUGCCAAGCUACGAAGAAUGGUGCAGGUUCAUCAUGCCCUUCGCCCGAGUCGGCGACAAACACGUCAACUACCGCUACAACUACGGCGAGCUCCGUCUGACGCGCAUCAACAACACGGCCAUGUUCUUCAGGUUCAGGUUGGCCUACUACCACAUCUACCCCCAAUGGGGUUCCUUCCUGGAACACACCCUGGCUCCCAUCAUCACCAUCUUCGUCGUGUGCUCCGUCCUCCUCGACUCCAUGCAGGUCGUCCUUACCGCCAUCGCCAUGGUUAAUUCGCCCCCGGACGGGGUGUGGCCAAGAUUUGUCGACGCCUCCAUCUGGUUCCCGGUCGUUGUGAUGCUCAGCAUCGCUGCAAUCCUCCUCGUCACACUGCUCUGCGUCGGCAUCAUGGGCGCAAAGGACUUUCUGCGUGGCAACCGCGUUCGCCGGGAGAAGAAGAGGGGAGUCACAAACGUAGGCAUUCGAACUCACGGUAUGGUUUGGUAA